UCGUCGUCAUAUCCGGUAUGAACUCGGUUUAGUUGUCCGGGAAACAACCCACUUUGUUCGAGCCACUUCUCUGAGGACAGACACUUGUAUCUUUGGACACAUGUCUUUAGCCCUGGCGCGCUUAGUUUAGCGACACAGAUGACAAGUUAGCACGGCCCGGCUGCGAGGAUUCAGAUAGCAAGCUAAGCCAACAAGCUAUCUUAAGCAGCGACUAAAGCUUAUAGUCAGCUCAACAUCCAACAUGACCCAGCAAGCUGCUGCUCUGCAGACCUACAACAAUGAACUGGUCAAGUGUAUUGAGGAACUGUGCUCCAAGCGGGAGGAGUUGAACAGUCAGAUCAAGCAGGAGGAAGAGGAGAAGGAACGGCUGCAGCACGACAUCCGCAUCCUCUCGGAGAAGCUGAGCAGAGUCAACGAGAGCCUGGCGCAAAGACUCGUCGCCCGCGCCACUUUCGACCGCACCAUCGCAGAGACCGAGGCUGCAUACACCAAGAUCUUGGAGAGUUCACAGUCUCUUCUGUGCGUCCUGAAGCAGGAGGCAGGAAACCUCAGUAAAGCCACAGAGCCUCGGAGGAAGGAUCACUAAUGACGAUGAAAGGUCACUGAACAUUGACCACAACAGCAACGCUUGACUCUGCACUUUUACCAGUUAAUACUCCACUCUGGACUAAUUUGAAUACAAUGGAUUGAUUUAUUGUGAGUUUCUUAUUCUAAUAAAUGUGUUUCUUAUCAC